UCACAAAGUAAACCCUUCAAGGUCCUGAAGUUGUGCAUGUUUCUCACGAGAACAGGGAGAUGUUUUUCUCUCCUGAAUUAGUUUUACAGAGUUCAUACAGAACUGCCGAUGUUUUUCCAGUCACAAAGCACAGUGCUGAGCUUAACGUAUAUGAGAGGAAGUUCCAAGUUUAGGAGAAAACUGCUGAAUUGUCAUAUACAUGGCUGGCGGGACAAAAAAGGUAACUGAGCUUGAAAAUCGCUGUUUGGUUUUAGGAUUUUUCUGAACCUAGAAAUGUCCAAGUGUGAGCUAUACUUUCCACAUUGAAUUUCAUGGAUGGUAAAUCUCGACUUGCCUAUAUGCAUGCUUACAAAUGGCUUAAUAGCUUCUAAAUUAGUCUAUAAAGACUCAGUGCAGUUUAUUAUAGGUACUUUAACCUGAUUUAUAACUCUUACCACUUUAAUUCCAUAACCAGAUUAAGACAUUCCACAGAGUAGGAAGUAUUUGGAGCAUAGGAGGGUAGCAUAGGGAUUGUAGACAUUUUAUUGAAGUACUUUAGAACCCAGUCUUAGUUUUUGAGUGGUGUUUGCCCAUUCACUUCAUUUCACAUGAGUGGCUUGUUAGGUUCUGUGAAAAAUGUAGUUAAUGACCAAAUGCCACAUACUCUGCUGCCAUCUCCUGAGGACGAGAGAAAUGAUGCAUCCUCCUUUGCCACAUUAAAUCUUUUCUAAAAUGGGAAAUAAUGGGCAAUGGUUGAGCCAGAAAAAUACUUUUAUCCAGUGGAAAUGAUUCAGAACUCAUAGAGCCUGCCCAUUUGGCAAGCAUUACAAGUGUUCAGACCAAUAAUCUGAGAAGGUGCUAGAUAUUUUUAACCGCAGGAGGAGGAAAGGACAGGAGAAGUUGUGUCUUUUCAUUUGUUUGGGAAUUGAUAAGAGAGAAGUGCAGUACCUCCUUGCAUCCCAUUUGCUCUAAGUGAGCAGGCAAUGUCAGGAUUACUUUAUGCUGCCUGCUGAAAGAGGGGAAGGGAAGAAGUGACCACUGUGGGAGUUUUACAACAGCAAGUUUGUCAAGAUAGAGGUCUGAGGUGGGGAGGAGAGGGGAUGAGAGAAGCAGUCUGUGCAUAGAAGAAUUGCUGGUUGUUUGGAGACUCUUGGACUUGAAGACCUGAGAGUGGAGAAGCACGACAUUGAAAUGGGUAGCCGGAUCGAGCUGGGAGAUGUGACGCCACACAACAUUAAGCAGCUGAAGAGGCUAAACCAGGUCAUUUUUCCUGUCAGCUACAAUGACAAGUUCUACAAGGAUGUACUGGAGGUUGGCGAACUAGCCAAAUUAGCCUAUUUCAAUGACAUUGCAGUGGGAGCAGUGUGCUGUAGGGUGGAUCACUCGCAGAACCAGAAGAGACUGUACAUAAUGACACUCGGAUGCCUGGCACCCUACCGAAGGCUAGGAAUAGGAACUAAAAUGUUGAAUCAUGUCUUAAACAUCUGUGAAAAAGAUGGCACUUUUGACAACAUCUAUUUGCAUGUCCAGAUCAGCAACGAGUCUGCGAUUGACUUCUACAGAAAGUUUGGCUUUGAGAUCAUUGAGACGAAGAAAAACUACUACAAGAGGAUAGAGCCUGCAGAUGCCCACGUGCUGCAGAAAAACCUCAAAGCCCCUUAUCUUGGCCAGAACGCAGAUGUGCAAAAGACCGACAACUGAACAAACCCCCAAUGAACACUUUCUUGCACUUGCUUGUCGCCAAAUAAGGAAAGAGAGGCCUCUUGAGUUUGAUUUUUGGUUUUAACUCCACCCCUUCAUUCUCUUUAAGUUUUUUCUUCUUGACCUCUCUCCAACAAAAUGUAAUGUAAUGCUUCUUCCGAGGAUUGUCCAGUCAUGUUUGGGGUUGGGGUGGGUUUUUGAGCUCUCCUUUCUGAUACGUUAGGGGUUGAUUUUGUUGGGGUUUAGGGUUUUUUUUCUGUAUUUUUCUUUUUUUUUUUUUUUGUUCUUUUUUUUUUGAGGGGUGUGGUUUUGGGUUCUUGUUUGUUGUAUUUUGGUCUUUGUUGGGGUGGGGAAAGGUGUGUAGAUCUAAGUUUGAGGUGUGGAGGGCUUCAGCAGGUUAUCCUGGUGACAAGCUCCCUUCACAGUUAUUUCUUUCAAUAAGCAGAAUGUAAAUCCAAUGGGGGGGAGGGGAAAGGAAAAGCAAUAUCUUGUCCUUUGACUCCCACAUUAUUGUGUUUUUUAUAACCUACAGGGUACUUUAUCCCCCCCCCCCCAACCUUUGAAUGUUACUUCAAUACUUCCCACUCUCCCUCUUAAUUUCUCCCACCUCAAAAAUAUGUUUAGUUCUUCCCAAUGUUUUCAAGUAUGGCUUUUCCCUCCAUCUUUUGCUGAGAAGGGUGGGCUGCUUCACCAUACCUUUUCGCUCUGCCUGGCCUGAACUUUUUGAAUGCUUUUUUUUUUAUUAACUACUCCUCACCCAAGCUGGUGCUACAUUUCUUAACUGACCGACAGGAGAAUUUAGAGUGGUCUUUGGUUUUCAUUUUCAUUUACCCAACUCCCAGCAGACUUUUGCCAGAGUAAGAGCUAGAUCUGGUGAUGGCAAGAGUAACCUUGUAGAAAUACACAUCGUGAGGCAGGACCCUUGCUUUAAAAAUGGGUGAAAUGCUGUAGGGCUCAUUGAGAGUUAGUUUGAUCGGUGUUUUGGGGAUGGGAAAAGUGACUGUGACCACCUUACCAGCUUUGAUAACAUAAACCACAUUUUUUACAGCUACGAAGCGUGUGGUGACACAUCUGAGGUGAGGCAAGGGUUGAGGAGACCACGCAGCAAGGCUGAGAAGGCAAACAUAAAUCCAGCCCUAAUCACAGAGCUUUGCAGGGGUUUCCUGGAUUUUGUUGGGAUUAGCUUGGCUUGCUGUGUUUAUGCGCUCCUUUGGGAAGAGGUGGUGAGGACCUGCAGAGUUUGCCCCGCUGAAAACGAUUUUCCCCUUGCCCUGUUCAGUGGUAAUAAUGCAGUUCUCCUCUCUGAGAGGGUGUUCAUGGAGCACCAGAGAAAGCAGCCUAUAUUAGAGCAUUUUAUGGGUUUGGAAAAUAGGCUGAGUGGCUUCUUCCUAAUACUGUAACCUCAAUGCUACAGUAACCUCUACUAAGCCUGCUUUGCAUCUUUCCAUGCUUUGUUUGCGUGAAUAUCGGUGCUCUCUAUGCACUGUUGCCAGCAAUCCUAUGUAUGCCAAUACAAAUACCAACUUGAGCUUGGACUCUUCUCCAAGCACAUGGGAAAGUGCACUGAGCUGAGACAACACCAACCUGCCCCGUCCCCCAAGUAGAUAUUGAACUGCAUUCCUUUCCUGUUUGUUUUUUAAAGUCUAAGACUGCAUCUCAAAUGCAUCUGCUUUGAAAACCUCCAACCUCUAUAGUGUGCAUUGCAGCAUACAUCUAGUUAGUAGAUGCUGUCCAGUCAUUCGAGGGUGAGUUGGGAACUAAGGAUUUCAAGACAGGGAGUUGUGGUGAGGCAAGGGAUGGCACCCCUCAUUGCACAUUGUGGUCUUUGAUAUCCAGAGGGGUGACUAUAGCUGCUCCAGAAUUACUGCUCCUUUCCCAGAGGUGUGCAGUCCUUGUUGGAGUGCAUUUUGACAGAGCUACGCUGGAAAGUGGAUACUUUAUUUGCUGGGUUUGCACUAAUUGGGUUGUGGGGUUGGGCAGAUGUCUUAACAACAAAAGCCCCUCUGCAUGGCCUGAGCAUCUGUGUUUGCAGCACUCUGUGGCAGACUCUGGCUAGAAAGAUGCAAACGGUUUCCUCAGCCAGAGGCAGCCUAGUUUUGACAAAAGCUUAUUUUUAGUACUGCUAGGACCUGCUCGCACUGGUUACAUUGGCAGUUUCAGCAUCUUUCUAGAAGGGGGUGUAUUGAAGCACAAUUAGCUUGUCAUAUGCCAACAUAGUUUCCCUGGCCAUCUGUAGACCAAACCGAGACAAGUAUGUGCAGGGAGAGGGAUAGUAUUGUAUUUGAGGAUGUUUGUGCAGCACAGCUGUAACUCAGACCAUAGCUGCCUCUGGUGCCAAGCGAAGUGCUCUUCAUUCUAAUAGAACUAAGUGUUUGGGUUGGGUAGAUGGGUGUGGGGAUAUGAACUCUUAGGAUUUGCUGUUGUCGUAGGCUUCCACAAAUCGGUGUGUUUCACAAACAGUUUUCCUUCAGGUUUAAAAGUACAAGUCUGACGUCUGAAGUUACUUGGAUUAGCCUUUGUUUCUGUCUCUUUUGCUUUGGGCUGCCAUCAUUCUAUGAAUGUAUCCCUGAAAACAAUUCUUAAAGCUCCUGUUCUACAGCAAACCUGCCUCAUUGUAACUCCUGUUAAAACAUUUUGUAGGAGGUAGAAGAGAGGGUGACCACAAAUCUAAGACUCCUUUUCCCAGGCUGUUAAUUCUGGAAGACAGUUGUUUAAUCUUGAAUACAAGGUUUAAUCUGAAUCUCAUAGAAAGUUGUGUUCCCUGUACAUGGAUAAGGGCAGGUGAAGGUCAGUAGUUCUGGGUGACAAACAGUUGUAUUUUAUUGGUGUAUCACCCAUGUUGAGUGUGGGAGGAGAAUGCUGUAUCUUAGUGCUGUUACCCAGAGGUACUGAAAUCGUGUGAAUUGUCUGUUCACUGCAGAGACCUCCAGUUAGUUUGGUCAUUGCUGCAGCAGGACCUCCUUUGAGCUUGAAAAGAACAGCUUAUGAACAACUGAAUUUUCUGAAAGUUGGGAGAAAAAAAAGAUAUUAGCACUUCCUCUUCUGGGUGAAGAUAGAGCAAGAAAAAUGUAUGUAACUAACAGCUUUAGAGUGUAAAUUGUGUAUAUACGAGUUAUUCCUGAAUCUCUGCAACUGGUUUUGUCAUACAUCAGUUGAAGGAUGAAGAUGAUAUCCACAAAAAGACUCCUAUUAAGAGGAAACCAUGGUACAGGGGAAAAAGAAUCAUCCAGGAGAGAUAUCCCUCAUUUUUGGGAGGGGAAAGGAGAGAAUUUAUUUUGUGUAUACAGAAGCCGGUUGAAUUUACAUGAUGCAGCUAAUGGUUAAACCUGCCAACUAAAUACGACAUACUGUUACCAUUGAAAUAAACUUACGUUGUAUUUCGUUAAAUCUUGAUGGUGCCCUGUGUCUAAUAAAAAUCUGAUCCCCUGAACUGUUCUCUUCUCCCCCAUGUUGUAAUCCGGGUCAGCUGCUAUGCACAAAGUCUGUGUUUUGUAAAGUGUUUGCUGACUUGGAUGUUUCUUUUGAAUCUGCAACUGCUUCCUGAUUCAUUUGGCUAAGACCCCCCCCCCCCUUGGUGUCUUGAGUUAAGAUUCACUCAAACUGUAUACAGUUUACAGAUGCAUUCUCAAUGUUACAAGUUAAGUUGCAGGGGGAGCAGGUUAUUUACAGUAAGGUGGUCCGUUUUUAAUCUGUAUCAUUGCCCUUGUACAUCAGGAGCAUGUUUUUGUUUUUUUCUCAAACUCUUUAGAAAUACUGUUCAGAAUAAACGUGCACUAUUUGAGUUAUGUCA